AUGCGUUUCUCAGCAAUCGCUUGCUCAGCAUUACUCGGCCUGAUUCAUGCCAGUCCGCUGGCCGGGAACAGUCUCGACGCUAGAGCAGCUACCUUCACGAACCCAGUACUUUGGGAAGAUUAUCCUGACCUUGAGGUCAUUCGCAUUGGCGAUGUGUUCUACUAUUCGUCUUCAACCUUCGCCUUCUCACCAGGUGCUCCUGUGCUGAAGUCCUACGAUCUCGUGAAUUGGACGCCUGUCAGUCAUAGUGUACCCACAUUGAACUUCGGCUCCAAGUACAACCUUACGAGUGCGACAGACCGUGCGUACGUCCAGGGUAUCUGGGCCAGCAGUCUCCGCUAUCGCGAGUCCACCGACACUUUCAUGUGGAUUGGAUGUGUCGAAUCGUCGAAGUCCUACCUCUGGACAGCGAGCGGCACCGGAGCGAAGAGCAACAAUGGCGAGGUGGCGAACUGGGAUUGGAAGGCUACUGCUUCAGUCAAUAAAUGCUACUACGACUGCGGCUUGCUGGUGGAUGAUGACGAUACAAUCUAUGUCGCCUAUGGGAGCACCAACAUCAUGGUUGCUCAACUCAACAAGGACGGCACUGCAGAAGUCAAGUCGCAACAGGUAUACACCGACGGCACGUACAUCGAGGGCUCCCGCAUGUACAAGAUCAAUGGAUAUUACUAUAUCUUCGUCACCAAGCCUGCAACUGAUGAGUGGGUUCUCAAGAGCAAGAGCCCGUGGGGUCCCUACGAAAUGAAGGUCCUCGUGCAGAGCAUCGCCGGACCAUUGGCGAAUGCAGGAGCUUCGCAUCAAGGCGGCAUCGUCGGCACCAAAGACAAUAACUGGUACUACGUUGCCUUCAUGGAUUCUUUCCCCGGUGGACGCAUCCCCGUUGUAGCACCCAUCACAUGGUCUUCGGACGGCUGGCCCUCGCUCGUCAAAGACAGCAGCGGCGCAUGGGGCAAAACCUAUCCCUUCCCCGUGUCAACCAGCAAAACUGUCCCGCCGCCCACCGGUACAGACAACUUCCAGGGUACCUCUCUCAGCCACGAAUGGGAGUGGAACCACAACCCCGACACCACCAAGUUCAAGCUUCUCGGUGGCUCGACCGGCGGCCUGCAGCUGUCCACUGCCACCGUAACAGACGACCUCUACACUGCACGCAACACCCUCACGCACCGCAUCAUCGGUCCAAAGUCCUCGGGUACCUUUCGCAUCGACAUCAGCAAGAUGGCCGACGGCGACCGUACCGGAGCAGCCCUCUUCCGCGACAACAUGGCGUACAUUGGAAUCCACCGCGAGGGCACGACUGACAAGCUCGUAUACGUCAACAACCUCAGCAUCGAUCUGAACAACUCCUGGAAGACCAACGCAACCGGCACAGUCGCAGCGAGCACAACGCUUUCUGCGGGUACUACCGAGGUCUGGCUAAAGGUCCAGGCGGACAUUACGCCUGCGUUCAACACGGCGACGCAGAGGACGACGACAUUUUGGUAUAGCACUGACGGGAGCAAGUUCACGCAGCUAGGCAGCGCUUUCAAGAUGACGAAUGAUUGGCAUUUCUUUACCGGGUUUAGGUAUGCGGUGUUCAAUUUUGCGACGAAGGCGCUGGGCGGGGUGGUGCAGGUGAAGAGCUUUGCUAUGGAGAAGGUUGCGUAA